AUGAUGUCAACCAGGCCUUCUUUGUCGAAAACAGGCUCAAAUGCGCGAUCGACAGUUGCAGCUGUUCUAAACAUAGAAUGUCUUCACGUGAUCUGUAACUGGGCGGAGCUUAAGAAAGUGAUGAAACCAUUUCUCGCAACAAAGGAUACACGAAGAAUCAAAGUGAAACACUGGGAAAAUCUUCUCGAGUACUCAGGGUACAAAGCAUUUGACGAAUUGAUCUUUGCAAUAAACAGAAAAGUGAUUGAAUUGAGUCUUUUGUCGCCUGCGACUGAGCUUGUUGCUGUUUUCGGCGGUUAUCAGCACCAGGAAAGCACAUCUCCAGAAGUUUACGCAUCCGACAUUCCAUUCUUAAUCGGCGUUGAGCACACGAAUUCCCUCUUCGGCGACGAGAGUUUUGGCACCACGACCGCCGCACUGGUUACUGUAGAAUACGUGGGAGAACCCGCUGCCAUCGACGACGAUGAUGUUGCUCUCGGCGGUGUGCACGGUGUUGUUGGUGACGUGGUGGAGGAUGUCACGGCAGAAGUUGCUUGGUUUAAUGACGUUUUCUCACAGGUUGGACACAAAUUCUCGAUGGAUUCGCCAAUCGAGAGUUGGCGGUGUCCGUGGGCAAACUGGAAUUGA